AGGAAGGAGCCUCCCUCAAAGCUGCCGAGGCGUCGGCGACGAAACUAGGCAGCCUACGAGCAAGUGGCGCUAUCUGGACCUCGCCACGAAGCGGAACGGAGCCCCGCGGGGGGACGCGGCAGCUGGACCGGUUUCUUCUCCCGCGCGCGGAGCUGAGCGAGGCUAAAGAACACACAAGCCACCAUGUGGGGAACGCUCCAAUCCAUUUUAGGAGGUGUAAACAAACACUCAACCAGCAUUGGGAAGAUAUGGCUCACUGUCCUCUUCAUUUUCCGUGUCAUGAUCCUUGUGGUGGCUGCAGAAAAAGUCUGGGGAGACGAACAGUCAGAUUUCACUUGUAACACUCUGCAACCUGGGUGCAAAAAUACCUGCUAUGAUGAUUAUUUCCCAGUUUCUCAUAUUAGACUUUGGGCUCUCCAACUUAUCUUUGUGUCUACCCCUGCCCUUCUGGUGGCAAUGCAUGUUGCCUACAGAAGGCACGAGAAGAAACGGAAAUACCGACAUGGGGAGAAAAUUGACCUUGAAAGUCUGAAAACCCAAAAGUUUCAUAUCGAAGGACCCCUAUGGUGGACAUACACCAGCAGCCUCUUCUUCCGAAUUAUCUUUGAAGCGACUUUCAUGUACAUAUUUUAUUACAUGUACGAUGGGUACCGUAUGCCUCGUGUAGUGAAAUGCACUGAUUUUCCUUGCCCAAAUACAGUAGAUUGCUUUAUUUCUCGUCCCACUGAGAAAACUGUAUUUACUAUUUUUAUGCUGGCUGUGUCAGGCAUUUGCAUGCUCCUAAAUGUACUUGAGUUGUCUUAUUUGAUACUGAAGUCUUGCAUGAAGAAGUCUCAGACCAAGAAACCACUGCCCAAUCAUUAGAUGUUUGUAUGCCAUUUGUCUAUUUUGCAUUGCUUAAAAGCUCAUCUGUUUUUAAUUAAACUAUAGUAAAUUACACACAUUCUAAAUAGUGGGAGUCCAUCUUCUUAUUUAACCCACAGUUCAGAAAUUCUUUUGUCAGUACAGGCUGAUAAUAUCCAAAUACAUCUAGUUACAAUUGUGCAAAAGGCUAGUAUUUUGAUUAUUAAACAGCUCUUUUUUUGCUACUUCGGGCGAGAAGAGUGCACAGCCCUCAAACAUCAUGAUUAUUUAUCAGGUGUUUUAUUCUCAGGACUCAGGAUAAGUAACAAUUCUUUCCUUAAUUACUUUACCCCCUCAACUUACUGCAGUUAGUUUUAACUAUGAUUUACAAACCUGGUUUAUUCAGAUAAAUCAUGGUUUGAAGUUGGCAUGUUUAGACAAACCAUAGUUAAAGCCAACCAGUUUGUCCUAGUCUAAAUUUAACAACAGACCAUGGUUAGUUGAAAACAAUACUGAAUGCUUCCAAUUUCCUUCCAGAGGAGGAGAGCAAACUCAAGGCUCACUCAUUUCCAUAAUCAGAGGCAGCCCACCUCCUCUGAAUACCAUUUGUGGGGGAACAGUGGGACAGGGCUAUGGUGCUCAUGCCCAACUUGUGUGCUUCACAUAGGUAUCUAGAAACAGGACGCAGAGCUACAUAAGCCUUUAGUCUGGUACAAGAGAGUUCUUCUCAUUUGCUCUUACACAGCACCCUAAACCACAGUUUAGCCAUGUUACGUCUGCAAGCAGCCAACCUUGAACAUGCUGUGCAAACUCUGGCUGCCUUACAUAAUCCUUACCAGGGUUUAAGGUUGACUUGAUGCUCUAAAAAUCAUAUAUUUAAUAUGCAUUUCCCUUUGUUGGGAUAUAAAUGCCAUCAAAUUGCUCUGUAACAGUUUUGAUCAUCACGCUUGGCAUUAGUUUUGGUGGACUAGUGUGUGCUUCAAAUGCACACAGUUCCAUGCCUCUGAUUAAAUGGACUCUAGUCUGUGAAAACUUGUGGUAUGAUAAAGUCCGUUAAUCUUUAAUGUGCUAUAAUAUUCUUGGUUUUUAUUAAUCUGGUGGCAAUAGAACUGGGCAUACCACAUAAGAGCUGCCUACAUGAAUAAAUUGUGGAGAAACUAUAGUCGAGUUCUGCCACUACUUUGUUACUAUUUAAAAUGUGCCUUUCACUUGAUGUAGGAAGAAAGCCAAUUCUGUACUUUAAAAAGUUCUGAAAAUAUAGAAGUUCUGAUAGUGACACGGUUUUGGAAGACAUUUUUGUACUGCUAUUAUGAGCAGUUUCAGGAAAGCACAAAGAUAUAUCAGGAUUAGCUAGAACAAGUAAUUCUGUCUCCCUGAGAACAUCCUUAAUCCAACUAUGACAAAUAGGAACUUUGGUGCAUUUCAUGCUUCUGCUUGUUGAAUGCGUAAUUGAAUGAUUGACUGCCAAAAUAACAUUCUGCUAUUUAAUGGUCAGUAUUACAAAAUAUAUUGUUUGUAUGAAUGACACUUUUUUCCUAA